CUCCUCCUCCUCCUCCCCCUGGGACGGUGGUCCACCACCACCUCCUCCUCUCCCUGGGAUGGGUGGCCCUCCCCCUCCGCCUCCUCCCCCUGGUUCCAGAGGACCCCCUCCUCCUCCUCUGCCCGGCGCGGGGCACCCUGGCCUCAUCACGUCGACGACGCUGCCAAGGUACUAUUCAGCGGCGGCGCGGACCACGCCCUCUUUCUACAACACGCUGCCGCGUCCCACGCAGAAGAUGAAGCACCUCAACUGGGCGAAGGUGAACGGCAACGUGCUUAACAAUUCCAUGUGGCAAGACGUCCACAAGGACCUCCAAAUGUCGCCGCCGAAAGCGCUCAAUUUCUCUCAGAUCGAGGAACUCUUCUGCCAGGCGUCGAAGACUCCGGUCCAGAAGACCGAGAAGAAGAAAUCGACGGAGAUCACUCUGCUCGACCCGAAGAGAUCUCUCAACGUGAACAUCUUCAUGAAGCAGUUCAAGCAGUCUCAUGCCGAGGUUGCAGCGCUCAUCCGGGACUGCAAGAGCACGGACAUCGGGACGGAGAGACUGCGAGGCUUCAUGAGGAUUUUGCCGGAGGACGAGGAGGUUAGCAUGAUCAGAGAAUUUAAUGGGGACCUGGAGAAGCUUGGUAAUGCAGAGCGCUUCUACUGGGAGCUGAUCAAAGUACCUCACUACCUGGUGCGCCUCCAGGGAAUGAUCCAGAUGGAGGAAGUGAAGCCAGCAGUGGACGAACUAAAGCCUCAGAUCUCAAUGAUAUUGAAGGUCUCUGAUCAGAUCUUGAGCAGCGAGAGCAUCAGGGAAUUCUUUGCAUAUAUCCUCACUGUCGGCAACUUCAUUAACAUGGGCAGCUACGCGGGCAACGCUCUCGGGUUCCGCCUCAACACCGUGUCCAAGCUGUGGGAGACGCGAGGCAACCGACCCGGUAUGACGCUGAUGCACUACCUGGUCCAGUCCGCCCAGGAUGAAGAGCUGGACAUCCUGGACUUCACCGAGACGUUGGGCGACCUCAGUAAGGUUGCCAGAUUGUCCGUGGAUGGCCUGACGGGGGAGGUAACGACGCUGCGAGGAGACCACACGCACCUCUGCAAAAGCCUCGAGGACGCGCCGGACGAUGUCAAGGAGCGCUUCAAAGACUUUGUAACCACUUCUGAUGGAUUGCUGAAGGACUUAGAGCAGAGUCUGAAGGAAGUGGAGCGCUCGCGAGUGAAGUUGGCGCAGUACUUCUGUGAAGACGAGUCCAAGUUCAAAAUCGCCGACUGCAUUGGCAUCUUCAACACCCUUUGCCUGAAAAUAGCAGAUGCAAGAAAGGACAACGAGGCGAGGAAGAAGCGAGAGGAGCGGAGGCGGCGCAUGGAGGCCGAGCGGAAGCGCGUGGAGGAGGAGCGGGCCAAGGCGGAGGCGGCGGGCGUCACCCUCAGGAAGAAGGGCGCGCCUCUACCGCCGCCCUCCGACUCGGGCGGAUGUGUGAUCGACCGCCUGCUGGCAGACAUCAGGAAGGGAGACUUCAAGCUCAGGAAGAACCCCGUGUCGCCAGCCCCGGCGGUUACAGGCUGAGGUCGUCCAGGAAACUUCAGUGAUUAAAAGUGUCUCUCUGAAAGGACUCGUCGAAAGGGUGGAUCUGCCCGAGAGUGCAGUCGAGCCUUUCAGUGGAAUCUGCGGUUCUCUCGCAAUAGGAUUUUACGCUACGAGAGAAACGGAAAGCUAGAACAAAAAAUUGCCGGUGAGAAAGGUGGUGCGCACCCACGAUGAAUUCAAGGAAGGAAGAGGGACGGAAAAGUGAAUUUAUCUGAAGGCAGUUGAGAUUUGAAAGUUGAAAAAAGUGAGAUAGCUAUGAUAGUUAAAUCAGGGUUAUCAGAUAUAUCUUGCCACGGUGUUAACAGUGAACGCGUUUCCGGCUUGAAAGUUAUAAAAAAAGACAAUAAAUCCAUUUUUAGGGAGGCCCCUUGACGCUCCAGAUGUUACACAUUCCUGAGUCUCCAGACGAAAAAAAACUAAUAUAAAAAAAGUUUGUACUUAUGCUGCCAUGGUUGCACGCAUUGGCUGCAUUUCCUGCUGAAUUUAGGUCUUUCAGGUGCUAUUGUUAUUCAGUGUUUUUGUGUGUUAUUUUGUAUAGUAAUAUGUGUUACUAAUAAUCAUUGUUUUUGACUUCGCUUCCAAUAACUGGAAGAAAUAAUAAAGAAUUCCAGUGUUUCUUAUAUGGAGCUUAUUUUUACGCUUAUUUAAGUGCCUUUAAAACAUUUGAAUACAUGGUGAUAUUGCUUAGUGACAUUUUCUUUGUAUAAUGAGCAAGCUGAAUAUAUAUAUUUCCUAU